AUGGUCGACGUUCUAAAAGAAAAUCACAUUUCAAAUGGACAUUCAAACUAUGGACAUUUGAAGAAAUUCGAUUCGUUAACGGCGAUCCCGUACAUGGGAAGUGCUUCAAGUCUACAUGAGAGAAGCAGCAGCGAGGAUGAACAUCUUUCAUUUGAGAUCGGACAUGAGAAUAAGUACGUACCUUUACACGAAAGGAUUGACCGAAGAAUCAAGGAUAAAACCCCAUUUUUCUCGUUGGAAUUCUUUCCACCUAAAACAGCUAAUGGUGUUGCUAAUUUCUUCACUAGGCUCGAUCGUUUCAAUGAAGGUGGUCCACUAUUUGUGGACGUUACAUGGCAUUUGGGCAGUGAUCCAGCGAACAUGAAUAAGGAGACAUCGUCAUCAUCAAUUGCUGCUGGAUGUUUGGAUUAUUGUCGGGUUGACACAAUGUUACACAUGACAUGUGCACAAUAUUCAAAAGAACAAACAAUAAAACAUCUGGAGCAGAGCAAAUCCGUCGGGCUACGAAAUAUUCUGGCUCUACGAGGCGAUCUUCCUCAAAUUGAGAUCGAUGGUGCUCCGAUUUACAAGUAUAGGGCUUUGGAUAUGAUCCGAUGGAUACGGGAAGAGUUCGGAGAUUAUUUUACUAUUGCAUGUUCUGGAUAUCCACUUGGUCAUCCUGAAUCCCCGUCAUACAGAGCUGAUUUGCUUUAUUUGAAGUCAAAAUGUGACGCUGGCGCACAGUUUAUCAUCACUCAACUGUUCUUCGAAGCUGAGGUUUUCGAACAAUUUGUUCGCGACUGUCGGGAAAUAGGAAUCACUGUCCCGAUUAUUCCUGGAAUUAUGCCAAUUAUGGGUUACGAUUCUAUUCGUCGCAUAGCGACACUAUCUCAACUUACUAUUCCUGAAUCGAUUCUCUCAGAUUUGGAACCUAUCAAACACGAUGACGAUGCAGUAAGAAAAUAUGGAACAAUUAAGGCGAUAGAAAUGUGUCGUCGAAUUCUUACUAAUGGUUCAGCGUCUUCGAUCCAUUUGUACACAAUGAAUCGAGAGGGAACGUGUCGCGAGAUUCUACAAGAGCUUGGGCUCUGGCACAAAAGGCCAAUGCGAGCACUUCCUUGGGAACCUCAUGGAUCUAACCAUCCGUUAAGGUGUAAAGAAGACGUGCGACCAAUCUUUUGGAGCGCUAGACCGAAAAGUUACAUCUAUAGAACAAGGGAUUGGGACGACUUCCCAAAUGGUCGUUGGGGUAACAGUUCGUCGCCAGCGUUCGGUGAUUUGCAGGAUUAUUAUCUCUUCCAUCUGAAGGCACAAACCAAGAAGGAAGAUCUUCUCAAGAUGUACGGUGAAGAACUGUUGUCAUUUGAUGACGUAAAGAAAGUAUUCGUAAAUUUCAUUUCUCAAAGUGUCAACGAAAAUGGAGUAAAGGUAACCACCCUUCCAUGGAAUGAGCAAGAAGUUGGUGUUCAGGCGGAGACAAAACUCAUUAAUGAGCAAUUACUAUGGUGCAAUGAGAAUGGUAUACUGACAGUAAACAGUCAGCCAUCCGUAAAUGGAGCACCGUCGACUGAUCCGUUAGUUGGAUGGGGGAAGCCGGGUGGUUACUGUUAUCAGAAGGCAUACCUUGAGUGCUUCAUCAGCAAGCAGAACGCCAUAUCACUUCUGGAAAUAAUCGACGACUACUCUCCAAGGAUUAACUACCAUGUCAUCAAUUGCGACGGCACGUUUGACCGCAUGAAUGGUGAGGCCACGACGCCCAUUGCUGUCACCUGGGGUGUGUUCCCUGGAGCUGAAAUUGCACAGCCUACUGUAGUUGAUCCACUGGCAUUCCGAGCAUGGAAAGAUGAAGCCUAUGAUACCUGGAUCAAGAAUUGGGCCAACAUUUAUCCGAAGGAUUCAGUUUCUCGAAAUGUCAUCCAGAAAGUCCACGAUGAUUUCUGUCUUCUGAAUGUCGACCGAAGAACGUGCUGCUUCUGCUUGAUAGCGAAAUACUGGAAAAUCAGUAGCAUAAACCAACUUUCUGUGACUGAUGAACGGAAGCCGGUUGAUAUUCGUACCUGUGAUACUUGUUAUGUUUUCGGGAAUAAGCUCUAG